AUGAACGGUGACAAGAACGAGGGUAAAGCGCUUCCUCGUAAGCGUAGAGAAUACAGCGAUGACAUGGAGCCAGUUGGAACUGGACCAAUCGUUGUGAUCAACCAGUCACGCAAGAUGUCUAUCUAUGGACCAAAUUUCAACUGCGGACCAAUUCAACUUCGCAAGCAACGACUUUUGGAAAAGAUGAAGAAGGAAGCUGAGAAAGCAAUGAGUGAGAAAAUGCAGCAAUUGGCGGAUCAGGAAAAACAACAGAAGCUUCUUGAAGAGCAGAAGAAAGCCCAACAGGCUCAAAUUGAGAAAUUCAACGAUGAGAAUAAGAACAGAAUGGCCUUGAGCCUCGACAGUAACAACCAGCAGUAUCAGUACCAAGAGUAUCAGAACUACCAACAAUAUCAAGAGUUCUACCAAUAUCCAAUGGUCGAACAAUACCCACCAGUCGAGCAAUACCAACACUACGACAAUCUCUAUGCCAACAAAUUCUAA